GACAGCCGCCUUUAUAACCGCUCGGCGCCGCGAGGGCGGGAUCGCUUUCGUGGGCUCCCCAGCACCAAGGGGCUCGGAGCUGCCUCGAACGCGCGGGAAGCAGCGCCAGUCCACGCGCCGAAGCCCCAGGCACAGGAAUCAAAAUGACCACAACCGCUCGUGAUUGCCGCAGUGACCUGGAACCCAAGUACCACAGACUUUGUGAUACGUCCGAAGCUUGGGGCAUCGUCCUGGAAACUGUGGCUGCCGUGGGGGCUGUGACCUCAGUGGCCUUCAUGCUCGCUCUCCUGGCCCUCAUCUGCAAGGUGCAGGACUCCAACAGGCGGAAGGUGCUUCCGGUCCAGUUCCUCUUCCUUGUGGGUGUGCUGGGGGUCUUCGGCAUGACCUUUGCCUUCAUCAUCAAACUGGACAGCUACACGGGGCCCACACGCUUCUUCCUCUUCGGCGUCCUCUUCUCCCUCUGCUUCUCCUGCCUCCUGGCUCAUGCUUUCAACUUGACGAAGCUGGUCCGCGGCUGGAAGCCCCUCUCCCUGCUGGUGAUGCUGGGCCUGGCGGUGGGCGUCAGCCUGGUGCAGGACGUCAUCGCUAUCGAGUAUGUCGUCCUCACCAUGAACAGGACCAAUACUGGCAUCUUCGCUGAGCUUUCUCCUCCUCGGCGCAACGAAGACUUUGUCAUGCUCCUCAUCUUCGUCCUCUUCUUGAUGGCACUGACCUUCCUCACAUCCUGCUUCACCUUCUGUGGCCCCUUCACAGGCUGGAAGAGACACGGAGCCCACAUCUAUCUCACCACGCUCCUCUCCAUGGCCAUCUGGGUGGCAUGGAUCACCUUGCUCUUGGUCACCCCUACCCCUGACACCAUGUGGGAUGAUACCAUCCUCAGUGCAGCCUUGGUGGCCAAUGGCUGGAUUUUCCUGUUGGCUUAUGUUGCACCUGAGUUUCAGCUGCUCACAAAGCAACAGAACCCCAUGGACUACCCUGUUGAGGAUGCUUUCUGUAAACCUCAAUUCAUGAAGCAGAGCUAUGGCGUGGAGAACAGAGCCUACACUCAAGAGGAAAUCACUCAAGGUCUUGAAGAGCUAGGUGAUACCACCUAUGUCCCUUAUACCACCCAUUUCCAGCUGCAGAAUCGGACCUCCCAAAAGGAUUUCUCCAUUCCACGGGCCCAGACUCGGGUUAGCCCUUACAAUGACUAUGAAGGAAGGAAAAACGGCAGUUAGCUGAAGAGCGGGAUGAACACGACAAGUCAGCAGAACUAAAGGGAUGUGGGUUAAGUCCCGAGUCUUCUAAGGAAACCAUACACAACGUUGUGGGAAGACCCGGCCUCCGCGCCAGCCUCAACAGCUAUUCUUCUGUUCUGGAGUUGCUGGGGGGCUAGGACACUCCAGUUUUUAGCAGCACCGUAGUUUUUCCUUUGUUCCAUAUUUAGGACGCUUCUUAUAGGUGGGAGUCUCUAGGCAACUCAGGGUUUCUCUCUUACUCUUCUCUGUCACUUUACACGUGACUCAAGCUCCGGCCAUCUAACUGCGGACUGGCUCACUCAACUUCAGAAGCCGACACUCAACGCUGGUUUUGUAAGGAUUGCUCAGCCCAGAGCAGAACUGCAGAUCUGAGCAAAAAUAGUAAAGGGCUGUCUCUCAGCCCCUCCCUGCCUAAAUCUACACUGGAAGCCAACUUGCUGGACCCUCCCUUCUUGCCUGGGUAGGAGAGGCCAAAGGUCACCCUAAAUUUACUCAUCUCUGUGGUGCUAACACACAGGGCCUCUGUGGGUCCCCAGCACCGAGUCACAGUCCCCCCCCCCCCCCUCCUUGGGUCACUCCCACACUUGCUGUCAAUCCCCCAACUAUUCUCCCCUACAUGUUUUACCGGGAGUUUUCCUUCUGGACCUCACUAGUGUGGGCAAGCCCGAUCUCUCUUUGCCAGGAGCAUUUGUGCACUGUUCUUUCUGUGUGUUCCUGGCACUGGUCCGAAUCCCAGCCUCUGUAACUAGAUUUGCACUGUGUUCACCUCCUGCGUUCUGUAAGCAGGCAUUGUCUGUGGAGGGGAGUGUGCCUUGUAUUGUAAGUUAUUCACCGUUCUUUACCUGGAGAUGCAAUAAAGAUGUGGUGGCAACUCG